AUGGAGGACGGCAAGUUCAAGCACGAUAUCACAACUGCGUCUACCAAGACGAAAGUGUUCGACCUCUUCUCCCUGAAAGGUCGCACGGCCAUCGUCUCCGGUGCUGGUGCUGGUAUCGGCCUGGGGGUUGCUCAUGCCUACGCCGAGGCUGGCGCGAACGUCAUCAUCUGGUACAAUAGCAAUGCAAAGGCGAUAGAGCGGGCACAGGAAAUCGAGGCCGAGUAUGGCGUGAAGUGCCGCGCAUAUAAAGUGAACGUAACCUCAGCCGAGGAGGUCGAGGCCGCCGUCAACGCCCAGAUCAAGGAGUUCAACAACCGGCUCGAUGUCUUCGUGGCCAACGCGGGCAUCCCGUGGACCCAGGGCCCCGCUAUGGACGGCGAGCUCGAGCACUACCACAAGGUCGUGGCCAACGACCUCGACAGCGUCUUCUACUGCGCGCGGACGUGCGGCAGGAUAUGGAGGCGCCAGAGGGAGACGGGCCAGGACGCCGCGGGCGGGAAGCUCGAGGGCUACAGUGGCGGCAGCUUUGUCGCCACUGCGUCCAUGUCGGGUCAUAUUGUCAAUGUGCCCCAGCUGCAGGCGGCUUACAAUGCGGCCAAGGCUGGUGUGAGCCACAUGUGCAAGUCGCUCGCUGUUGAGUGGGUGGGCUUUGCCCGCGCCAACGCAAUCUCGCCGGGGUACAUUGCCACGGAGAUUUCAACCUUCGUCAACGAAGACACCAAAAAGAUCUGGAAGGACAAGAUUCCCAUGGGUCGCGAGGGAGAAGUCCACGAGCUCAAGGGGGCGUACUUGUUCCUCGCCUCGGAUGCGGCUUCUUACACCACUGGAACAGACAUCAUAGUGGACGGAGGUUACUGCUUGCCAUAG